UGCAACUGAUUUUACUGCUUAUGAAGAAAUUUUAGACAAAGAUGGAAAUACUAUAAAUGGAUUGGCAGUGAAUGCAGCAAAAGAAAUGCGAAAAGAAGCAAUGUCUCACUUUGAAAAAGAUUUAGAUCAUGCUGAAGAAUUAAUCAAAGAUAGAUUUAGUACUUUUCUUGAUGCUAAUGGUAAACCUGAAUUUAAAUUUGAUAGUCAUGUAACUGAAUGGCAGUCAGUUCUUGAAAAAGUUACAAAUGCAGUAAUUGAUGAAAUGGAACAGCUUGCUCAGGCUAGAAUAGAUAGUUUUACUCCUAUUAAAGAAAAAAUAGGCAAAAAACUUAUUGAACUAUCUUCCUUAGAUUCUAAAGUAUCCAAAGCUCAACAAGAACUUAAUAAUGUUAAAAAAUUAGAAAAAACAGCUAGAGAGGGGAAAAUGCAAGCUGUUCUGACUGGACCUGAUGCAUUUGAUGUAACUGCUUUACGAACAGCUUUAGAUAAUGAUGAAAAAGCAUUAAGAG